CCGUCUGUCUCGCCCACAGUUGCAGCGCAUUUGUGUCCCGGGAUGACCUGUUGAUGUCGGCUAAAGAUGGAGUGCCAGGAUCGCCCUCCGCUAUAGACCCCUCUCCGUGUCCUCUCCGGUAAAAAGCCCCCAAAACAAACAAAAACGUUAAAACCGGAGUGAAAAUAGCUUUGUGUGUUUUCCGUUUUGUUGAGAAACGUAAUAAAUGAUUUAUACGCCUCGCCGUGAUAUACCGUAAGCGAUAUAUUUUUGAGGGGGAACAACGCGUGCCUGUCCCGUGUCGGUGGCUGCCAUUCGACCGGAGGAGGAGGAGGGAAUUCGGUUUGGACGGACAUCGCACCGCGCUGGCACGGAAAGAGGGGAGACGGGGACAGCGCGGAACUGCUGAAUAUUUCACCUCCGCGAUUUUUUGUGGCAGAUUUCGUGCCUCCGGUUCCUCGGACGAUAAACGUGCGUGUGUGCGUGUGCUGAGGGCAGUUGGAACCGGGAUUGACACACAAAAUAAAGGAGAAGAGCUCUCUUUUUGUCCCUUUUCCGCCGCCCCCUCCCUCCCUCCCUCCCUCCGCUCAGCGCACGCACACACCGGCCCGGGCCAGCCGAGGACUCCCAAAUCCUACCGGGCAUCGAGGCUGGCACACGGCGGGGCACUGAGAGCUCUCUGCCCGCUCUGACUGCCCUGCUGCACCGCUGGUGGCUCACUGUUUCUCUCCUGAGGCAUCUGCCGGCGAGACAUCGACUCCGCUAGACUUUCAUACCCUGUGGUGCUGGGCAGAGCGUUAUGGCUCAGACGCUGCAGAUGGCGAUCCCUAACUUCGGCAACAACGUCCUGGAGUGUCUGAAUGAACAGCGGCUGCAGGGCCUCUACUGUGAUGUCUCCGUGGUCGUCAAGGGACACGCCUUCAAGGCCCACCGUGCGGUGCUGGCAGCCAGCAGCUCCUACUUCCGGGAUCUGUUCAACGCCGGGGGGAAGAGCUCGGUGGUUGAGCUGCCCCCGGCCGUUCAGCCGCAGAGCUUCCAGCAGAUCCUGGCCUUCUGCUACACGGGACGCCUCAGCAUGAAUGUUGGAGACCAGUUUCUGCUCAUGUACACCGCUGGCUUCCUCCAGAUCCAACAGAUCAUGGAGAAAGGCACAGAGUUUUUCCUCAAGGUCUCCUCUCCAAGCUGCGACUCCCAGGGGCUCCACACCGAGGAGACCCCGCCCUCCGAGCCUCAGAGCCCUGUCACUCAAACGGUGGGAGGGGGCGGAGUCGGCAUCGUUGCCGCGACAGUGGGAAGGCCCGCUUCCUGUCUGACGCCCCUGCCCCUGGUGUCCAAAGUGAAGACUGAACAGACAGCCACCACACCUCAGCCCGCUCCACAGCCCCAGCAGCAGGAGGGCUCUCCCUACUCUGUGGUCUGCACCCCCGUGGCCAAGCGACUAUGGGAGGGGGGCAACCGCGAUGGGGGCGGGGGGUCUGGAGGGGGCGGGGGAGGCGGGAUGAGGAAGGCUGCACGCUACUCUUCCUCCUCCUCUUCCUCCUGCUCCUCCAACACGGUUACCCAGGAUGCCUCUGGGCGCGGACACGCAGCCAGCGCGGCCAUGGUGGGCGGCGGCGGCACCACGGUGGCGGGAGGAGGCGGACUCAACAGUAACCAUAACAACAACAACAACAACAACGGCGGGACCCCCGAGGGCACGAGCCCGGGCACGCUGAGCAUGUACACCAGCGACUCGCCCAUCAGCUACCACGACGACGAGGAGGAGGACGACAUAGCGGACGACAGCGCCGAAGAGCAGUACAGACAGAUCUGCAACAUGUACACCAUGUACAGCAUGCUGAACGCCGGAGCAGCAGUGGUCGGGGAGCGGGUGGAGGCUCUACCAGACUUGGCCACGGACUCGGGGGGCGGCCGAGGGGGCAGAGGGGGGCGGUCCCGGCAGGACCUGGCAUCGCUGCCCGCCGAGCUCAUCAGCCAGAUCGGGAACCGCUGCCACCCGAAGCUGUACGAGGAAGGCGACCCGGCCGAGAAGCUGGAGCUCGUGAGCGGCACCUCCGUGUUCAUCUCCCGCGCCCAGCUCAUGAACUGCCACGUCAGCGCCGGCACACGCCACAAAGUGCUGCUCAGACGCCUGCUGGCCGCGUUCUUCGACAGGAGCACUCUGGCUAACAGCUGUGGAACUGGGAUCCGCUCCUCAACCAACGACCCCAGUCGUAAACCUCUGGACAACAGAGUGCUGCACGCCGUCAAAUUCUACUGCCAGAACUUUGCGCCGAGCUUCAAAGAGAGCGAGAUGAACGCCAUCGCAGCCGACAUGUGCACCAACGCCCGCCGCGUCGUCCGCAAGAGCUGGAUCCCCAAGCUGAAACUGCUGAUGGCCGACAGCGACGCCUACUCCGCCUUCCUGGCUGACAGCGUGAAGAUGGAGGCCGACGCGCUGGGGGCGGAGCAAGGCUUUGACCCCGCCUCACUGGAAGCUGUGGCGGCGGCGGCGGCGGCGGCCAACAAUAACGAGGCGGGAAGCGGAGCGACGCCGGCAGACGCCCUCCAGGGGGCAGGAGGAGACGGCAGCACUUUGUUUUGAGUGAGUGAACGGACAGACAGAAAGAAUGGACAGAUUGAUGGAAGGAGGGAUGGAUUUCUCUGGGGUGAUGAGCAGAGAACGAUGGCCGCCGUGGUCUUGAUGACAGUUAUCACUCCUCCGCUGGCUGCCACGCAUUUGGGGAUGUGUUUGUUCUCUUACGCCUCUGUUGGUCAGUUUGUUCGGCUUUCUUUCGUUUGUCUCCCUUCCUGUCUCUCUCCGCAGUGCAAAAUGAACCAUUUCGGGUUGUUCCUCGUUGCUCUUCUUCUGCCGGAGAGAGACAGGAAGAAAACGAGAAAGGUAGCAGAGGGAAGAGGUUAGUCCCCCCCCCCCCACUUCUUCACUCCUCUGCAACCUUUAAAGACAUGAUUGUUUCAGCCUUUUUGUUUUUUAAAGCGUGUACUGUCACUAAGGCCCUUUUCUUACCAUAAUCAAUCACAGACAUUCCCUGGGGAGGGGAGGGGUAACCCUGUUUGGAGAAGGAGAUAUUUCUUUCGCCAAACUCCGGUAACACUGUUGUUUUGAUAUUGAAUGUAUGCGUGGCGAAGCAUUCGAAGUGCAGCGUCGUUGGCCCUGUUUCUGUCUUCUGUUUUGCUCUCUUUCGUCUGGACGGACGGGUCUGAGAGCGUGGCGUUGAUGAGGUCAGGAGUGGAAAAGGAAUAUUAAUAUGUAUAUCGGCAUGGUUUAUGAUCUCCUUGACCUCGGCCUGAGCUCUGAAGCCCUGAGCCACCGGUCUGCAGAGGAACGCUGACGUGGAAAGCAGCGUUCUGAUGAGUGUGCAGGUUUAGCGGCAGAUGAGAAAAUUUGCUUGACUAAAACCUUUUUUUCCCCCCGAACUUCCCCCACUUUUGACCUUUAAAAAAAAAAAAAAUCAGUUUGUUUA